GGUCAGCAGCGUGCCGCGGGGCGGGGUCAGCGGCGUGCAGACGGCAGACUGUCAUGGCGGCUGCGGUGGUCCGGAGUCUGAGCUCUAACCUUGGCAAGAACCUGCGGGAGCUGCGUGUGCACCUGUGCCAGCGCUCCGCCGCCAGCCAGGGCACCAGGGACUUUGUGGAGCAGCACUAUGUGACGUUGAAGAAGGCGAACCCCGGCUUCCCCAUCCUGAUCAGAGAAUGUUCUGGAGUGCAGGCGCGGCUGUGGGCUCGAUACGACUACGGACAGGAGCGCAGCGUCUCUCUGGAGAACCUGUCAGCAGAUCAGGUGGCAGCGGCUCUGCAGACGAUGGCGACGUCCCGCCCCUGACGUCAUCUGACCCCGCCCCCGAUGACCUCUGACCCCAGCCCUGGUGACCUCUAGCCCCGCCCCCUGUAUUCUUGUGCUGCUGCUGUGAAAUGUGUUGCUAAUAAAGCUAAUAAAGCUGAACAGGAAGCACACCUGAGGCUGCUCACCUGUUUGUUCCACCUGA